AAGGCAUUCACAAUCGUUCGAAAGCAUUCAUUAACAAAAAUGUAUACCAUCCGUACUAUUGUCGCAAUUGCUUUCUUCGCUUUGAUUCUAACUUGUGUCGAAUGUCAGUUGACUUUCUCUCCGGGUUGGGGUAAACGUUCAGGAAACGCAUUCGAUACACAACCCGGCAAUUGCAAAUCGUCAAAUGAUAUGUUAAUGGAAAUCUUUAGAUUCGUGCAAAAUGAAGCCCAACUCUUCUUGGACUGCAAACAUCGGGAAUAAAUUUAAAUGAGAAUCAUGUAAAUAAUCUAAAAAAGCGAAAAAAAAAAAAAAUUAGAAACGAGGGGUAGUGUGGGCAUUUGUUUAUUAAAUAAAAUGUAUUCAUAAGCUUUUAAAUUGCAGAUAACGUAAAUAUCAUAUACAUAUAUGUAUGUAUUUCAUAAAAUCCCUAUAAUAAAUAAAUUGCAUAUGCUAUAAAUCGAAAUCA